AUGAUCAUUUCCCCCACGGCACCAGUGGGCAAGUGGGUGAUUGUGCGCUCCGAUCGCCUUGUCCUGUCGGUAGACAAGGCCGACCACGUGUACGUUGUUGGACGCGGGCGGCAGCUGCCAUCUGCUCAGCUGCUGUCGCACAAGUACGCCUCGCGGGAGCACCUGACGGUGGUAUGGCAUCCCCCUCACCUCUACAUGAUCCAAGAGGGGAAGAACCCUUCCUUUCUCGGUGCGAGUUGCACACCCGUGCCUCGGCUGCGUGACGACGCCGCCGUCGAGUCAGACAGGAGUGCCGCGCCCCUGUGGCAGCGCGCGCAAGUGAGGUUUAGUGCGACGGCCGCCGCGAAGGACGCCACAGCGCACCGGAGUGCAGGCGACGUCAUCACGGUCGACGUUCCUCUCUGUGACCCACUGACGUUCACGCAGGCGCCUGAUCGCCAUGCGAUCGGCGCGGCGACUGUGCACUUCCCCGAGGAACUCGCUCUGCCAACGCUGACGGUCCGUUUUGAAGGAACGGAGGUCACUCGCGAGGAUGCGACAGCUGCAGCGACAACGAAGACAACCGCGGAGAUGCUCGCUGUGCCGUCGGCCAGGGCACUCGGCGGGGGUGACGAUGAUGAUGAGGAGCUUAGUGAUGGGGAGAGGCAAGCGAGCAGGCCCUCUAGGGGGUGGACAGGGAGCGGCGAAGAAGCGGCGGCGGCCAAGGGGAGUGGGAAGCCGGGGUGGCGUGGGUUGCUGGAUGUGGCACUUCAGCAGCAGCAGCAGCAAGACACGUCGGGCUCAUCACCGGCAGCGCAGGCAAAGGAAGCUCGAUCGGAGCCACCGCGUUCCCUUGGAGCUGUCGCGCCAUCUGCGCAGGUCCCGUUUGGCAGCGCAUCGGGGAAGGCACCUGCACCAGCCUGUGCUGAUCCUGCGCCGCCCAAGAUGGGGAUCUGGGAAUGGAAGAACCACGUAGAAGGUGAUGACAGUGACUCCAGGUCGUGGCGCAAGUACAACCUCGCCGUGGCAGCGCUGCUGGAGAAGGCGUAUGAAGACACGUCGGUUACCACGAUCAAGAUCCCUGACUCGGCCAUGUUUGGCAAGCCAAAUGCGAAGGGGUGCACGUACGGCGUGUGCUUCGCGGAGAAGGCGGUCGACGGGGCGAUGAUCCAGUAUUCCCUAAAGGAUCCCAGCAAGUUCUGCGUGAUCCGUCGCACUGGCGGGCCUGCGGUGGACCGGAGGCGCGCAAAGAAGGCGCAUGUCAUUCAGUUGCCGUCAUCGUCAGAAGACAGCGAGAGCGACAGUGAGGAUAGCUUCAGCGAUGACUCUGACGCGGAGGAAAGUGCGACCACCUCUUCCUCGUCCAGCAGCAGCAGCAGUAGUAGUAGCAGCGACGACGGAAGACCCCAAAAGAAGAGGCGGCGUGCCUACUAG